CAGAACAGAGGGGACCUUCUUUUUCUGCAUUUGUCUGUAUUACCUAUUGGCCUCUAGCAAUGGAGGUGGUACCCCACCAUCCUCCCUCUCCCUCUAUAUAAAUGUUUGACGGUUGAGUGAUUGAUCUCGAGGAAGAUCUUUCAUGUAACCUUCUUGUAUUGAUUUAAAUAUUAGGCUGGCAGACUUUGGUAGCCCACAAAGGCCAGCAAUGCUCUGCCGCCUUUCCUCAUCAUCCAUUUCUUUCUUCUCUCUCAACAACUUCACAUCUCGCAUUUCCUCUCUCUUCAAAUAUUGAAAAAAUCUGCAUCCCGAAAUCCUCUACAACUCCAUCUUCUUCUUCUUCUUCUCUGCCUUCUUCAUCUUGAUCUGCUCUUGAAAAGGAUUUGACUUGAGCACACAUUUCUAAAAUUAGGGGAAUCGUCGGUGUUUGUGUUCAAAUGAAGAGGAGGGAUGCAGAAGCCAAACAUACGGAGGUGCUUUAGUAUGAAGGCAGACUUGGGAAUAUCUGUUUGAGAGCUUUUAACGUUGCUUGUCGGCCAGACUGGAAUCUCAAAAGGGACAAGUGUACCUGCUACAACACAGAAGGUGCUUAUACAAGAAAGAUAUAUAUACAUUACAAACCAUGGUUUUGUGCUCAAGACAGUGAAAGGGGAUGGUUGAACAUGGCCUAUAUGGAGGAUGAACAAAAUGAGGAUUAUCUUUUCAAGAUUGUCUUGAUUGGUGAUUCAGCUGUUGGUAAAUCCAACUUGCUUGCUAGAUUUGCAAGAGAUGAGUUUUACCCUAAUUCAAAAUCUACUAUCGGAGUAGAGUUCCAGACACAAAAGAUGAACAUCAGUGGUAAGGAAAUUAAGGCUCAGAUCUGGGACACAGCUGGGCAGGAGCGUUUUCGGGCUGUAACAUCUGCGUAUUAUAGAGGUGCAGUCGGAGCUCUCGUGGUAUAUGACAUAAGCAGACGCCAGACUUUUGAAAGUGUCACCAGAUGGCUUAAUGAACUCCAGACUCACUCGGACAUGAAUGUGGUGACGAUACUAGUGGGAAAUAAGUCGGAUAUCAAAGAUGCACGAGAGGUGACAACUGGCGAAGGCAAGGCCUUGGCGGAGGCUCAGGGUCUGUUCUUCAUAGAAACAUCAGCGCUAGCUUCGUCGAAUGUGGCUGCUGCGUUCGAGACGGUUGUGAGAGAAAUAUUUAGCAUUUUAAGUAGGAAAGUGAUGCAAUCUCAGGACCUGAAGCUUAAAGGCAGCGGCUGGUUGGCAAAUGGGAAAACAGUAGUUUUACAGAGUAAUGAAAAGCAGGAAGCAGCAGAUGGAGGAAAUAAAAUAGGUUGGUGCUGUUCACAAUGAUCUUCAUAUUGCAUUUAAAUUUCUGAUAAUUUUACUCACAACUCAAAAGCAUAUGCCUCUUCUUUAUAGUAAUUGUGUAAAUGAAUUGGAGGGCUUAAGAUACUUCAUUUUUUUUGGUUGACUGUCACAAAGCCCCAUCUCUAAUUGUACUAUUAAUAUUGUGAAAACCUUGUUUAUUUUGAAAGUGAGCAUAUAUUCCCAUCCUACUUAUUGUUGAUGGGCGUGGGUAUAAAUUGGUACAUUA